AAUUUUAUAUGCCGUACAUAUAUAUAUUCUGAUAUAUGUAUAUAUGUUUUAUAUAUCAAUUUUUCAAAUGUUUCUGUAUUUAGAAGUACGUAAAAUUAUAAGCAGAAUUAUAGGACACACCCGAUAUUAAUGGGUAUCAGUCGUUUGUUCAGGUAACGCUCGGAUCCCCCCGUCCCCAUGACGAGAGCUGCAAACAAUCUCGAUCGCAUUCGAGGAUCCGAAUUUCAUGCGCAAACUGUAAACGGCGAUAUGCCAGAAACUGCUACUCAGUCGAAACGAAUUUCAGGCUCACGAGUCGGAGCCGUCACUCGGGUAGAGACCAGACUGCCCCGAUGCGUGCAACGUAGACUACCGUGCGCCCCGGUGUCCGUAAGAUGCCAUCCACGACCAAGCCCGUACCGAUGCGCCGACAAUCAUCGCGUAUCCCGAAGACCUUACAAACUGGCGGUUGGUCUGUCGGUGACUAGCCGAACCGGCAAUCCAACACCGAUUCCCAAGAGCUGCUCCGAUCGAUGCCCGACUAACGGCUGCUUCCUGGGCAUCGGCACUCCUCGCUGCAAGAAGAGCCUGUCGAUGAUGGAUCUGUCCGCCGUUGAUCCCGACAUCGGCGAUCUCAAAUCAGAGAGCGGCUCUAGCGUCAGUCGUCUCGACGAUGUCACCGACAAAUCCAAAGAUAUCUUGAUGAACGGCGGAAGCGGUAGAUCAUGGACGGAUGCUACGCCGUCUUCGGAAUCUGAGCAGGGCGAAGUUGGCGGUUCGGCGGAGGAUCUGACGAUUCGGGCGGCGAACAUUGUGUGCCACAUGCUAGUGCUGAAUGCUUGGCGACGUAGACGCACCGAGAUCACGCAGCUGGAGCAACAAGUGGAGCACCUGCAUCUCCAGAUCGAGUUCCUGCGUCGAUUGUUACUCGCCGAGAACGAUCGGGUUGGCAGAUUGAACGGCGAGCUGCAUCGCGAAAAGUCACAGCUGGAGGAGACGACGCGCGAGCGCGACGCCAUCAAGUUGGAGAAAGACAAAUUAGAAAUCGAAUUAAAGCGUGUCGAUGAGAUUUCUCAGGACCGAUCGGUGACCGUGGGAAAUUUGAAAAACGAGCUCUUAUCCGCGCAAGAUCAGUUAAAGGCGCUCGACAAGCAAAUGGCGAAGGAUCGGGAGAAGCUCUUAAAAUUACGGGAAGAUAAAAGGAUUCUCCUGGAUAAGAUAUCAGCCAGCGAGGCAUUGGCGACGGAUCGUCGCAUCAGAGCCGAAAAAGCGGAAUCUACUGUCGAGGAGUUGCAGCAUCGAUUAACGGCACAGGUGGCUCACGCCGAGUCUAUGCAGGAACAGUUGCGGCGCAUUUCCAGGGAAUUACAAGUUACGGACGAGGAGAAGCAGAGAUUAGAGAAACGUGUGAGAGCCAGCGAGGGUAACGCGAGAGCUCUGAGUUUACGUGCCAUUUCCCUGGAGAGUCAAUUGGUUGAUCGAGAAGCUGAACUUCGUCGCAUCGAAUCGGAUUACAACACCCAGAUGACGGAAUUGAGAGAGCUGCGAGAGCGACUAGUGCGUCAAUCUCAAGAGGGUGGCUGGAGCAGUCGGAUGUUGCAGAUUGCCGGAAGCAUCAUGCGCGCGUCAAUCAUUCGGACUUUCGCCUUCUUGUCCAGUGCUGCUCUGCCAUUGCCGCCGUAAGACAGAUAAAGGGCUUAAGCGUGAUUGCGACUUUCUGGAAGCCGGUUUUACUUGGAGAAAGACGUACCGGCCAGUUGAAGCAAAUGUCUUUGGCCGUGAAAAGGAGGAUGAUUUACGAUUGAAAAUGGCAAUUCAGAGAAUGACAAAAUGACGACAGGCACGCGUAGGAUGGCAAAUAAAUUGACAAGCAUUAGUUUCUUCUUUCGUAUUACAUUUAAAAUUUAACAUUGCAAUCUUUUUUUUUUCGAAUCAAUAUUUAACUUUUGAAUAACGGAGAUUUUAUAUGGAUAUAUAACGCUUGACACACACCGUGGUUAAAACAAGCGAUUUUAUCGCAUUACGCGGCAUUUCGAUUUAUAGGAUCAAGUUUUUUCUUUUUUGU